AUGAAGAUUACUACACUCGCUUUAUCUGCUACAACUAUCUCUGCUGUUUUAGCUGCCGUCUACGACGUUCAACUCUUUGUUGAAUCAUCUGACUCUGCUAUUAGUGGCAAUGGUUUAUCUUCCAUUCACGAAGGUGCCGGUAUUAACUACUUUUUGCUUUCAACUGGUGGUGCUGAAACCUUCAAGUAUGAUGACCAAGCUGAGGAACUCUACACUGACAAUUCUGUUAAGUACUCUGUUGGUACGCUUGGUGGGUAUCUUUCCAAUGGUGUCACUGGCUCUUCAAAGGCAACCUUCGACGAUAAUAAGUUAUCUUUAGGUGGAAAUACUACAUUUUAUGCUGCUAAGAACACUGGUGAUCCUUACAACUACUCUGACAAUAGUUACAUUGUCCUUGUCAGUAAUGCUGAAGGUUCUAUCCCAUUCUCUAUCAAAGCCGUUAAGUCUAACUCUACUGUUACUACUUCUUCUGCUUCAGGAACACCUGCUGUCACUACAGUUGCUAAUAGUGCCGCUAAGGUUGGUUCUGUCGCUGGUGCUGGACUACUUGCUAUUGGAGCAUACCUUAUCUAG